AUGCACGCGAACGUGUCUCAGUUCCCGUGGCCCACGCUGGACCAGACAUUCGUUACAGUGGAGUCCAACUUUGACCUCGCAGACUCCAGGGAAUACUCUGAAGACUGGUAUGCCAAUACAAACAUGCUCAACAUGGGACCGGUCGACAUCUCUCUUUUGCCAGACCCAGUAGUGCCCGAAGUUCCUUCGUUUGUUCCCGCAUACCAGAACACCUUCGUGCAACAUGCACCUGUCAUACAGCCCGUUGUGGAACCCGCUGUGGACUCCAGCUACAGGUGGCACACCAAUGCGCCGAUCUCUACACCGAUCAAUACACCGAUUUUAUUCGAGCCUGAAUGUGUUGUAGCUGAGAGCAACACGUUGAGAGCGCGGACCACGCACCCAACGAAACAGUUUGUGUGCGAACUGUGCGCAAAGACAUUCACGCGAAGAGAAUCCAUGAAAAACCACGUCUCUUCUGUACAUCAAAGACUCAAGCCAUACAAAUGCCAGUAUGGCAAGUGUACGCUUGAAUACUCCACUCCGUCAGACCUGAGACGUCAUGUCCGCGAAAAGCAUCUACGCAACGCUGAAAAGCUGUUUAUCUGCGAAGGCCGCACGGCAGAUGGGAAAUUAUGGGGAUGUGGCAAAAGAUUCCAUCGUUCUUACCAGCUGACAGGCCACUGGAAGAGCAAUAGGUCGCAAAAGAACUGCCACAUCCCGCCGGAUUUUGAUUACAUUCCUAUUAAGUUGUCGCGCAACACGUAG